AUGUCGACCCCAGUAGUUGUGCCCGUUGCUCCCGCCGCGCCGGUGGCGACGACCACCACGGUCUCCACGCCCGUCAAGCAACAGGGCUUCUUCGGGCGCCUCAAGGCCAGGGCCGACCGCAACCCGCUGCUGGCCAUCCGCCGCGUGAUCUGGAUCCUGCUGGCCGGUAUACCGCUCGGCCUGCUCUUCCUGGCCGCCGCGCUGGCCUUUGCCGUGACCAUCAUCGGCGUGCCGGUCGCGUGGGAGCUGUUGAAGCUGGCGCGGUUCGCAUUCCUGCCGGUCGGCUACAAGGCCGUGCCGCGCUCGGGCCGCGGAAAGAACCCGCUGCGCAACCCCAAGUCCCCGUUGACGAUCGCCGCCAACAUCGUGUGGGCCAUCUUCUUCGGCAUUCCCAUCUCCGUGCUGCUCCUGUUCGUGUGCAUCAUCCAGGCCCUCACCAUCAUUGGCAUCCCGUCGGCCCUCCAGUUCCCCAAGCUCGCCAUCUUCGCCCUGUGGCCCAUCGGCAAGAAGAUCGUCAGCAAGCAGAAGUACAAGGCCAACAAGCAGGCCCGCAGGGACCUGGCCACCGCCGAGGCCGUCAGGAGGAACGAGGCCGCCGCCCUCGCUGCCACCACCCCCAUGGAGAGGGUGUAA